AUGUGUCACAACCCAGUGACACUGUCAUGCGGCCACAACUUUUGCUUGGAUUGUAUUGAGAAUACUUGGGACAACCAGGAUAAAGAUAUCUCAUGUCCUCUCUGCAAGCAAAGAUUCAAGAAGAGACCUGAACUGAAGAGGAACAUCAUCCUAUCCCAAAUCGAAGAGCUCUGUCAAUCAUCGAAGUCCAGCAAGAAGUCUGAUGGCUUCUGUACGUAUUGUCUUCACGAUAAUGUGCCUGUGGCUAAGAGCUGCCUGCUGUGUCAAGCUCUGCUGUGUGGAGACCAUCUGACUGUCCAUAGUAAGAAUGGAGAACACGUCCUCUUAGAGCCCUCGCCAUCUCUAGAGAAUAGAAGAUGCUUCAUCCAUAACAGGGUCCUUGAGUUUUACUGCGUCCAGGACUCACUCUGUAUCUGUGCCUGCUGCUGUAUAAUGGGGGAGCACAAAGAACACCCGGUGGAACUGGCGAAAGAUGCCAUGGAAAAGAAAAAAAUCCAGCUGAGGGAUAUCCUAGAGAAUCUGACCAUGAAAAAAGCAAAAAUAGUGAAAAGUAUAAAGGUUUGCAGGAAAGCAGAACAAAGGAACGUAUCUGCAGCCAGAGGAGCCGGUGAUGUCGUGGUCCAAGAGAUAAGGGACAGUCUGGGUGCAGAAGUCCUGGGGGACAUGCAGGAAGGACAAUCUUCAGCCUCUGAGCUCAUUAAACAUCUGGAAGCAAGACACGAUGAAUUGCUCCAUGAUAUAGAGUCCAUUGAAGAGCUGUGCUAUGUGACCGACCCAAUACUGCUCUUACGAGACCAGCUGAAGCCUGACGGGUUAAUUCUUCUACAGGAGCUCUCCGCCCUCUUAUGUAAUUCUUCCUAUUUAAGCUUUCGGUUCCUGCUCCUCCGUACCACAAUGGCAUCUGCUGAUCUGAGCGACGAGCUGGACUGCUCCAUCUGCCUGAGCCUCUAUACAGACCCCGUAUCCCUGAGAUGUGGACACAACUUCUGCCGCUCGUGUAUUGUGAGUGCGCUGGAUGCGCAGGAGGCAGCAGGAGUGUAUUCCUGUCCUGACUGCAGAGCAGAAUAUCCGGGGCGUCCGAACCUGGAGAAGAACAGGAAGCUGAGGAACAUAGUGGAGCGUUUCUCAUCUGCUCAGCCUGAUAUGGAGGAGACUUACUGUACUAAGUCUCCUGUACCAGCUGUGAGGACAUGUCUGCACUGUGAGGCCUCCAUGUGCCAUGAACAUCUCGGAGCCCAUAACAAGUCAGUGGAUCACAGUCUGAUUGAACCUACUGUGUCGUUUCUGCAGAGAAAAUGCUCCACACACAAGGAGGUGCUGAAAUACUAUUGUGCGAUGGACGCCGCCUGUAUCUGUGUGUCCUGCUGGGUGGCCGGAGACCACAAGGGACAUGACGUGGAGCUACUGGAUGUGGCCUUUGAGAAGGAGAAAGAGAAGCUGAGGAAAUAUCUGGAGGAACUAAACCCACAAAAAGCAGAAAUUCAGAGUAAACUCCAGAAUCUGCAGGAUCGUCAGAGGAAUAUCCAGGAGAAGGCCUCUGAUAAGAGGAAGAAGGUCAGGAAGUUAUUUAUGGACAUUAAGAAACAACUGGAAAUGGCAGAAAAGAAAGCGCUGAGCGAGAUCUCCAGGCAGAAGAAGAAGAUUGUGUCCCCGAUAUCUGAUCUGAUCAAGAAGCUGGAAAUAGAGGAGGGCGAGCUGUCCAGGAAGAUGCGUCACGUGGAGGAGAUGUGUCAUGUCACCGACCCAAUAAGACUCCUACAAGAAGGUGACAUUACAGUAUGUGGUCAUGGAGAUGAUGAGGACAAAGGGGGAGAUGGUGGAGAGGGCAGGUCUGAGGAUGGUCUGGAUGAGGUUCUGAUCUCACUGACCUUACACCGAUCUAUGAGGGAUAUUGUCACCAAAGUCACAUCAGAGCUCGGGCUCCAUGUUCCAGACAUAUUGCUGGAUGAGGACACUGCUAAUAGAUAUAUGAAGAUAUCAGAAGAUCUGAAAACAGCAACAAGAACAGAAGAAGAACAGAACAGACCAGAAUCACCAGGAAGGUUCCUGAAUUAUCCCCAGGUGUUAAGCAGAUGUGGCCUCUCCUCAGGAAGACAUUACUGGGAGGUAGAGUGGAACCAGAUAGUAGGAUGUAACAUCGGACUGUCCUAUCCCAGUAUAGAAAGGAAAGGAUGGCGGUCUAGUAUUAUGUAUAAUGAUAAAUCUUGGUGUCUGGUCAUGUCUCGUGCAGGAUGUGAAGUGUUUAACCGCUCAGUCAGAUCCCCCCUCAGUGUAGAUAGAAGAUGUCCUAGACUUGGGGUCUUCUUAGACUAUGAGGCCGGGCGUCUGUCCUUCUAUCAGCUGUGUGACCCCAUCAGACACUUACACACCUUCACCGCCUCCUUCUCUGAACCCCUACAUGUUCUCUUCUGUUUGUGGCCUGGAGCCUCUGUUAGAAUAAUAAGCUGAGGCCGAUGCGUCCACGUCCCGUUAUAAUCUCCGCCUAUAAGUCACUAUUUAGCGCUGUAUGGGCGGAGCCUCCGAUCACACAAUGUAUAUGGCGGCUCUAUGGGGGGGGGUUUACUGUGCGAUUAUUUUAUAUUCCUUGGAGAUCAGAUCCAGAAUCGAUGCUUGAGACAAAUGGAAAGUUACGUCGUCUGCACACGAGUUCGGGUGAACGCACAUCAGACCCGCAGCGUAUCCGCACUAAUACCUGCAAUGUGCGAUUACGGUUUUUGAUGCGGUUUUCCACUGAAAAGGGUGAAAUCCGCAGCUAAAACCACAAACAUAACUGACAGGCCGCAGAUCUGGGAAUCCGCACAGAAAUAAUCGGCGAAGUGUACGUGAUCGGGGUAAUCUCAUACACUUUGCUGCCGCUGUAAUUCCUUACGGUUUUUCCACAUGGGAUCUCGCCUGGAAAGACUGAGCGUAUUCCGCAACGUGCGCAGAUGGCCUUCGGGUACAAGCGCACGGUGCGUAUUACCUGCUGGUUUUCCAGAGUGAAAUAAUACCGCCUAAGCAGAUGGGAUUCUCAGUAUCUCAUCUACACGGAGCGGAAGUUUCCUGCGUCAGGAGUGACCUGCGGAGCGGAUCCGGAGAUCUGCGGCCGGUGGAUUGUCCGUGCAGAUUUCUCCCUUUACAAUGCAGAGGGGGAGAUCUGGGGAAAUCCGUGUCAGGAUCUGCAGGUAACAGGUGUGGAUCCUGGAGCGGAGAUACACCGCCG